AUGGCUGCAGCCGUCACGAGUGCCAAGGAGAUUGCUCAGUAAGUCCUCUUAUUCUCUUUACUUCACGUUUCUAACAAUGAAUGUGGUGAAACUAAACACGAAUUACGCUUAGUAAAUGAUAAUCUCUCGAUUAUUUAUGUUUGUGAAAGUGUCUUGCAUAUUUGGUGAACAAAAAAGGGUUCUGGUUGAAGUGAAAAAAAAGAUAAACAACAUGCAACACAAACAAAAAGAAAAUAAGUGUUAACAUUUUUUUUAUCUUUAGAACCAACACGGAGUGGACUGAACAACAUGACAAUAUUCUUUGUCAGGAGAUUCUCGUUCUUGAACUAUUCAAGGCAAAGAAAGGAAGCAUUGCAAGGGGCCAAAUUUGGGAUAAAAUAGCGAACAAUCUGAACAGCCUUCAACAUCCCCAGUUCAGAGUGACGAAGCGAUCUGUGAGAGAACGAUAUACGCUUUUGAGUGACAAAUUUAGAGCAAAGAUAAGAGAUGAAGAAAAGGCAAGUGGAAUAGAUACAGAUUUGAGUGACGUUGAAAAAGCACUUGAGGGGAUAGUAGAAAAAGAAGCUGUGGUUGAAGAAACGGCGCAAAAUGACAAAAAGAAAGUCGAUAGUGGCAAAGCAGCGGAAAUGAGAUACAGAGCUCUAGAGAACCUUGGCGGGACACAAAAAAGACAAAGGAAAGAUGAGGUAAAGAAUGAAACAGUAGCAAGAGUAAAACGUCGAAAAAGUGGUAGUGACACGGUGGCGUAUUUGCGAGAAAAGAACGAUCUCAUGCAGAAAUGGAAAAUGGAAGAAAUGCAGCUACAGAAGCAGCGACUAGUGGUUAAGAGCAAGAAGGAAGAGCAGUCCAAAAAGCAACAUUAG